AUGGGCUCAAUCAGGUCAACCCAUUCGCAAAAUGCGGAGCUUCGAUCCCGCGGGAACGCGGAGCCAUCCAAGCCGAUCCAGGAAAAGCGCUCACAGAACUCGAUCUUACCCACAAACUCGAACACUUCCAAGAGACGCCGUGGACUGUUCCGCGUGGAUACAGCUGGAGAGAGUGGGCGGAGGGGGGUGCACCCGGUGCAUCUCGUCAAAGUGUGCUUCAGGAGUGUCUGUACCCUUUCCAUGGUCGUGAACAUCCUCUGGCCAUUUGUCCCUGCUGCGAUUGUCAUGCACUUUGCUCGACCUGACCUUCACGUCUGGGUCUUCACUCUCAACUACAUUGCGAUGGUUCCCUCGGCCAACCUGCUUGGAUUUGCAGGUGGUGAGCUAGCCAAAAAAUUACCGAAAAUGUUUGGCAUCUUGGUCGAAACAACCUUGGGCUCUGUGGUGGAACUAGUGCUGUUUAUGGUCCUCUUGCACAACGAUGACCCUGCGCAUCACAGGAACUAUAUUCCUGUUAUCCAGGCCGCUAUUCUUGGUUCGAUCAUGGCUAAUCUUCUCCUAUGUCUGGGCAUGUGUUUCUUUGUUGGCGGUCUCAGACGUGAGGAGCAGGUCUUCCACGAGGCUGUGAGUGAAGUAGGCACUGGACUACUCCUGGUGGCUGGCUUUGGUCUGCUCAUUCCAAGUGCAUUCUAUUCGGCCCUCCGUGGGAGUGUAAAUGAGGAGUUCACGGCGCAACUUUUGAGCCAAUAUGCCCUGACUAUUAGUCGUGCCACUGCAAUCCUUCUACUGGUGGCCUUUUUGACAUACCUCAUUUUCAACCUCCACAGUCACAACUCCAUCUUCGACGAAAUCCUCGAGGUCGAUGAACACCACGAUGAAGACCGACACGAAGAAGCGGCCCGGGCCAAACUCACCAUGACCGAAUGUAUCAUUGUCAUCGCCAUCUCACUGGCUUGCGUCUGUAUGUCUGCAGUCUUCCUGGUACAAGAGAUUGAGCACAUCGUGGAGCGCGGCGUGUCGGACAAUUUCCUCGGUUUGAUCCUCGUUCCUCUCGUGGAGAAGGCUGCGGAGCAUCUCACGGCUGUGGACGAAGCCUGGGACAACCAAAUCAACUUUGCGCUCUUCCACUGCUUAGCGCCCUCCAUCCAGACGGCUCUGUUGAUUGCACCACUCACCGUGAUCGUCGGAUGGGGCAUGGACAAGGACAUGAGCUUGAACUUUGAAAUCUUCAUGGUUGUUCUUCUGGUGCUCUCGAUUCUGGUGGUUGGCAAUUUCUUACGAGAUGGCAAGUCCAAUUACCUCGAAGGUGCACUUUGCGUCCUGGUGUAUUUCAUUGUGGCUGUUUGCACCUGGUACUAUCCCAGCGUGGAAAUCACCUCGACCAACCAGGCCUGA